UAAAACCCUCUCCUUCCCCAUUCAUUUCAUUGCAGGCCUUUUGGCGGAGAAAAGAAGGGACAGCAGCAGAGCCGAGACAAUACGAGCCCGCUUGGUGGAGAAAAGAGAAGAGAGCAGAGAAGGAUGGAGAAGAGGAGCGCUUCCACUCUUUCUCCUUUUACUCUCUUCUGCUGCAAAUUUUUGUUAUGAGGAAUCGAGCAUUCCAUUUUUUCCCAGUUUGCUGGAUGAAAAAUGGCUCUUGUAUCUCUCUUCGAUCAUCUUGAUUGUGAAGAAGAGAACUUGGAGUUGGAGGAAGAGCAACGUGAGCUGCUGGCGGACCUGCCGCUUCCGGCGGCGGAGGCUGAGGUAGAGUGGGAGCAGUUUCGCUGCUCUCUGGAGGCGAAAGAAAUGGAAUUUCUUCCGAAGCCUUGUCCUGACGGCGGCGGCGGGUUCUAUCUCCGGUCAGCCAGGAUGGAGACGGUCGAAUGGGUCGUGCAUGGCGCCGCUCAGCACGGCUUCUCUGCCCUCACGGCGCUGCUCGCCGUGAACUACCUCGACCGGUGCUUCCUCCCCUGCUCCGCGCGGGGCGAGCUCCUCCGGCUCCAGGACGACAAACCGUGGAUGGGGAGGCUCGCGGCCGUGGCGUGUCUCUCGCUAGCGGCUAAGGUGGAGGAGACGCGCGUCCCUCUUCUACUCGACCUCCAGCUUUUCCCGGAGCCCCCGGAGGACGGCGGUUUCGUGUUCGAACCCAAGACCAUCCGGCGGAUGGAGCUUCUGGUGCUCUCCGCUCUCGGAUGGCGGACGAAUCCCGUCACCCCGCUCUCCUUCAUCCAUCACCUCCUUCCUCGCCUCUUCUCGAAGGCUAAAACUGCCGAAGCCGACUUCGCUGGCUCCGACAUUACCUACCGCGUCAGCGCACUGACGUCGAGGUGUGAAGCGGCUCUUCUAUCUGUAAUCGCCGAUCAGAGAUGGGUCCGAUAUCCGGCAUCGGUAUGGGCGGCGGCGGCGCUGCUCGAUGCCACGGAAGCCGGCGACCACCACCGACUGUCCCUCAACGCCCCAAAGGAAAAAGUGGAAGAAUGCUAUCGACUUAUCCUGGAGAGGACGCCGACCGCCAUGAUUCACCACAAGCGCAAGCGCUCCUCCGUUCCCUGCUUCUGUUCAUCGCCGCCGCCGAGUCCAAGCGGGGUGAUCGGGUCCUGCUUCAGCUGCGACUCAUGGGCGCCGCCGCCUCCUUACAAGAGAAACAAUGGCGGCACGAGCAAGUAGCAUAAUGCCUGUAAAAGCUACGGGUGUAGCUCGAGAUCGGAGGCACUGCUGGUUUCCUCAACUCAUCAAUGCAAUGCAUCUUAUUCUGGUUCGACA